CGCAAGCGCGCUGUGGGACGUCCAUUAGCCGUAAAUUAGAAAUCGCGAUGUGACUGCGAGUCUUAGCACGCACGGUGGUGUCACUUUCAAAGGUCAAGUCACUGAGCAGCGCGGAGCCAGAUGAAGUUGUGAGCUCUCGCAUUUCGACAGCUGACGAGCCCUCUCGACUUCCGACACGAUGACGUAGGCCAAUCACCGGCUAACCGACCGGCUCGUACUUUGAACAAGUCACACACGCACAGACAAAUACACACACGCUCGAUCGCAAUUAAUCGUCCGGGAAAAAUGACACCGUGCUAAUUAUCGCUGGACGCACGAGCCGAAGGAGCCGCGAUUCAGGACGGUGCAGAACCGGCAUGGGUAGUCUUUUCGCAGCCGUCAUUUCUUGAAAACUGCAGUCUGAUUACGUUAUCAGGCCGACGUCCCUCGAAGAAUACUCACCAUGGCCUCUGCGACGGAGCAACAGCAACAACAGACUACCCUGGAAUUUUAUCAGGCGAUGGCUGACUUCAAGAACAUGUUUCCACAAAUGGACGAUGAUGUGAUUGAAGCUGUGCUGAGAUCUAAUCAGGGUGCUGUGGAUACAACAAUUGACCAAUUGCUUACUAUGAGUACUGAUAACGAGAAUGAGAAGAUCAGAAGUGAAUUGGAGCAGAAAGAGGAACUUCCAAACGUGGUAAAGUCACCACAGAAGGACUCUAGUAAAUCAUUAAAAAAUAUCCACAAGUGGCAACCUCCAUUAUUGGGGCCAUUGCCGGAUACCUUUCUGAGACUUCCUCAGCAAACAUCCGACGAUGCCGUUGACUCGGCAUAUCCGCAGGAGAAUUCUAUGCUGGAGGACGAGAGAAUCGCCAUGUUUCUUCAGAACGAGGAAUUCAUGGCGGAGCUUCGUUGGAACGAGGACUUUUUGUCUACGUUGGAGCAUGACUCGAAACUCGAGAAAUGCGGCGGUCAGACUGGUCACGACGACGAGGAUCUAUUUAAAGAAAGACUGAGAAACAUGGGCAAAAUGUCUCGACGCAAGUUCGCGCAACUUACGAAAGUAUUCACUCGCAGUAAAAAGCGCGGCGGCAGGCAAUUGCUGCCGCCGACGGCUUCCUGCGACGAUCUCCUGGACCCGGAGGAGUCAUCCAGACCUCAAUCCUAAGACAGACACUCGUACCUACGAGUAGGAGCACCCAUGCUCGUUUCAUUUCGAAGGAGGAGGUCGGAGCUCGGUGAACGAAGCUUAAUGUAAUUUAGAUGUCACGUCGGAAAUAAGCAUAUCUAUGUCGUUGUAAUGCGACGAACACGAUAGUCGCGCGCGGAAUCGUAAAAGAUAUAAGUUAAUUAGCAAUUUAGGUUUCUGGCUCACGCAACGGCCCGGCGAUGCACCGUGAUAACGAAAUCGCAAGGCUGAGACUGACUCUGUUACGUUAUGGCGAGAAAAUGAAAAAACUCGGCGGGGAGAAAGAAAGGGAGAGAAGAGAAGAAGAGCAAAGAUAACGGGAAACGAGAUGUUGUUUGGUUGAACGGUGAAAAAAAUUAUCAAAACGUUCGUAUUUCGGCAAACAGGCAGAUGUACACGUACCAUGUAGAACGGUAGCGCGUUGAUUGAUAUUAAUGUAUUUCCCGGUAAGAUAGAGAUUGUUUCACAAUUCCGACGAGUUCGAUGUGAUAUUGUUUGCAAUAUAUUGAUAGUGCCGACACGGAAUUUUGUCCCGAUAGAUUUAACACUUCGUUGUGGCAUGUCUCUACGUUAUUUGCGAUUGUUGUGUGACCGCUUGGAUUCGGCAUGCGACGAUCGAAUCAAGACUGGAGCGCGUGAAUCUCGCGAGGCAAUUUUUAUCACGAAGUGCGCGUCCCUGCGUUCGCUUUGUUUGUUUUUAUUUGUUAAUAUACGCGUUUUACGACUAUGAGGGUAGCUGAUCGUGUUGUAUAUAUACAUCUGUGUCUAUUGUAUGCCGAUAGUGCAUUAAUGUUAUUAGGGAGGGUGAAUUUAUUGGGAACUUAGGAGACUCGACGUCCAUUUGGACUGAAUCGAUCCUUUCGGAAGGUCGGACUCUCUAGGGAAAGUGGAUACGCAACUCCCUUGAAACGAUCGAUUUGUCGAAAAAAAGAAUAAAGAAAUGGAUGAAGGGAUUCACGUCACAUUCUUACGAAAGAUGUGCCACUCUUAUAAUUUAUUAACAUUCUGUGGGAUAGUACUUGUUGCUGUUUCGAUGAUCCUCACUUGGUAAAAUCAACUUAACGUUCGGUCAAAAUCAUCAGCUUGUGUGGCACCUUGGAAUGAUUUCCGAGCGAGGCAUUCUCGAUCGAGUGAUUCGCUCUGAAGCUCGAGACGUCACAGAACGUUACAUCACCAUGCGCCUUCGUCCAUUUAUUCCUUCAAUUCUGCGAUUGCGAUCACACAUACACACGUACGCACACAUACAUACACACACACACAACACACAUAUAGAACGCACAUACCCAUACGGUGCGGUAAACACAUCCGUUGCACCCACUUUUAGACGUAAAAAACCUAGUCACCCACUCUAGCCAUUAUUUAUUGAACAGGAAUCUGAUACUAUAACGAUAUAUUGUGAAUGUAGAAAAUUAUUUAUAAAAAUGACCAUAGUCUAAGUCAUUUACAGACGCAACAAUAUGUGCUACGGCGGUCACAUAUAUACAAGAAUAAAUGGAAGAGAAGCCGGA